AUGACAAGUGAGGAGUGUCCUGUGCCGCUGAGGAGCAUUUCCUCAGCAGUGCCAGGGCAUCAUGAGGAGUAUGGCUCGGCGCAGGCUGAUGACAUCAUCGAGGAAAUGGGUCCAGUUGACGACGCCAGCAUCGGAAGUGACCUGAGCACGCUUGUGGUGCCCUUCCCUGAGCUGGCACCAGUGGUCUUCUUCUGCCUCAAGCAGACCACCUGCCCCCGCAGCUGGUGCAUCCGUAUGGUUUCCAGUCCGUGGUUCGAGAGGAUUAGCAUCAUGGUCAUCUUGCUCAACUGUGUGACACUCGGAAUGUACCAACCCUGCGAGAACAUAGACUGCACCUCAGACCGCUGCCAGAUACUCCAGGCCUUUGAUGCCUUCAUCUACAUCUUUUUUGCAUUGGAGAUGGUGGUGAAGAUGGUUGCUCUUGGAAUCUUUGGUCGUCACUGUUACCUGGGUGACACUUGGAACAGGCUGGACUUCUUCAUUGUCAUGGCUGGCAUGGUAGAAUACUCUCUGGACCUACAGAACAUCAACCUGUCAGCCAUUAGGACUGUGCGUGUGCUUCGUCCCUUGAAAGCCAUCAACAGAGUGCCAAGUAUGCGUAUCCUGGUCAAUCUGCUGUUGGACACUCUACCCAUGUUGGGCAACGUGCUCCUACUAUGUUUCUUUGUUUUCUUCAUCUUUGGAAUCAUUGGUGUGCAGCUGUGGGCCGGGCUGCUGAGGAACCGCUGUUACCUGGAGGAGAAUUUUACCCUCUCUUCAGGAAUGACUCCCCCACCUCCGUACUACCGACCCGAGGAGGAUGACGAGCGCCCCUUCAUCUGCUCACUGGCAUCUGACAACGGCAUCAUGUCAUGUUCUGACGUUCCCGCGAGGCGAGAAGGAGGCCAGACAUGCUGCCUGGACAAGGAGGAUGCACUGCACCGACAAACUCUUGGUCUAAAUCCUGAACCCAUGGCAAAUGGCAGUGGUGCCAGUGAUGCCAUGGGACUGUGUAUCAAUUGGCAUCAGUAUUACACUCGCUGCCACACCGGGAGCACUAACCCCCACAAGGGUGCAAUCAACUUUGACAACAUCGUCUACGCCUGGAUUGUCAUUUUUCAGGUGAUUACUCUUGAAGGCUGGGUGGAGAUAAUGUACUAUGUAAUGGAUGCCCACUCCUUCUACAACUUCAUUUACUUCAUCUUACUCAUCAUUAUUGGUUCCUUCUUCAUGAUCAACCUUUGCCUGGUGGUCAUUGCCACUCAAUUUUCUGAAACUAAGCAGCGGGAGCACCAGCUGAUGCAGGAGCAGAGGGCGCAGUGCCUGUCCUCGUCCACUCUGGCCAGCAUGGCGGAGCCUGGUGAUUGCUACGAAGAAAUCUUCCAGCUUGUCUGCCAUGUCCUCCGCAAGGCCAAGAGAAGAUCUGCAGCACUCUAUUACACUCUGAGGGGCAAGCCCCCGCCUGCUGGUGGAGGCAGGGGCAAUAGGCGCGGUGGAGUCAAUCAAAAUGGAGAAAGGCAUCAUCCGAGAAAUUUAAAAUUAUCCCACUGUCCACACCAAAGCAAGCAAGACCAUGACUUUCAGCCUUUAGAAAACUCUGUUAGUCUGGCUGUGCCCCAGAAUCCAAAGGACUGCCCUUUGUGUGCAUUAGCACUGGAAGAGGGCCAGAGAACUGGGGGGGACGCCGCCAAUGGAGAUGAUGAUGAGGGUGAUGCUGUGAAAGAGACGGACAAGGAAGAGAACCACUUAGAGGAGAGAGGUGAUGUUAAUAAAGGGAAAAAAAGAAGCUGUUUUGGAUACUGCAAGGACAUAUGGGAUGAAAUAAGGAGGAAAUUAUGGGGCAUCGUGGAGAGCAAGUACUUCAGCAGGGGCAUUAUGAUCGCUAUUCUCAUCAACACCAUCAGUAUGGGCAUUGAACAUCACAAUCAGCCAGAGGAGCUGACCAACGUGCUGGAGAUUUGCAACAUUGUCUUCACCAGCAUGUUCACUCUGGAGAUGAUCCUCAAGCUGACAGCCUUUGGCUUCUUUGACUACUUGAGGAACCCUUAUAACAUCUUUGAUGGCAUUAUCGUCAUUAUCAGUGUGUGUGAGAUCAUUGGUCAGGCAGAUGGAGGCUUGUCAGUGCUGCGGACCUUCAGGUUGCUGCGGGUUAUUAAACUCGUCAGGUUCAUGCCUGCCCUGAGGCGUCAGCUGGUGGUCCUGAUGAAGACCAUGGACAACGUGGCAACCUUCUGUAUGUUGCUUAUGCUGUUCAUCUUCAUCUUCAGUAUCCUAGGGAUGCACAUCUUUGGUUGCAAAUUCAGUCUGAAGACAGAUGCAGGAGACACUGUGCCUGACAGAAAGAACUUUGAUUCCCUCCUCUGGGCUAUUGUCACUGUCUUUCAGAUUCUGACUCAGGAGGACUGGAACAUGGUGUUAUACAAUGGCAUGGCUUCCACCUCACCCUGUGCUGCCCUCUACUUUGUGGCAUUGAUGACAUUCGGAAACUAUGUGCUCUUCAAUUUACUGGUAGCCAUCUUGGUUGAGGGUUUUCAAGCUGAGGGAGAUGCAAACCGCUCUUACUCCGAUGAUGACAGGUCUUCCUGUAAUUUUGAGGACAAUGAUAAGCAGAAGGACUCCCUGCAUCUCUCAGACCCCAAGAUCUGCACGUUGACCCCAAAUGGACACUUGGACAUGGGCCCACUGCCUGCCAGUCUAUUUCCUGGAGAGAGAUUGAGCUUCGCUCUGGGGUCAAGGAAGAACAGUGUCAUUUCUCUUGGAAGGGCUAAUCUGGAGCAGAGGGCUGCAUAUCCAGGUCGCAUAUACCACAACUGGGGUCGCCCUUUGCCCCGCCAGCAUCAGGCCGCAUGGGCUCGUCGCUCCAGUUGGAACAGCCUGAUCGGAUGCCCCCCCUGCUCAUCCUCAUCUCCCUCUGCUAGUCCAGCCUUUACCUCUACCUCAGCCAGACCUUUCUAUGGCUACGGCCUUGGAGGUCUGGGAGGAGUCGUUGGAGGAAGCCUUCGUAUCCGAGGUCCCCGUGCUUCCUCAUCUCCACUCCGCCAUCGCCAUAGCAUACACCCAGAUGAGGAAGAAAGCCUUCUCUCGCCUCCUGCUGUUGGCUCUUGCGCGCUCCAUCUUCGCCAUCCAAUCCUCCAAGGACAUUUUGUACCCAGGAGGGACCGACGGGCGCUAUCCCUUGAGCUUCCCAAUCUGUUACAGGUCCCGGGAGCCCCACAUCCUCCACCAUUGUCAUAUCGUUCUGUGUCUCCCGCAACGUUGCACACUCACCAGAGAAAGAGUUUUUCUGGAGGGCUGGUCAUCAGUGGCGGUGGUGGCUUUGGGAGUCUGAGCGUCAUCGGAGGAGUGCACCAAGACUGUAAUGGCAAGACUUCCCUGGCACAACUUCUCCAUCCACCGCCUAAAAACCAGACUGAACAGGCUAGUAGGACAACUAACCAAAGGCUGAUUUCAGAAGUUUUUCCUCAGGUGAACACACGUACAAAGUGCCAGGAAGACAUGGAUGAUGAACUUGACUAUAGCUUGUGCUUCCGCGUUCAAAAGAUGUUGGAGGCACACAAGCCAGACUGGUGCGAGACAAGAGAGGACUGGUCAGUGUUUCUCUUCUCUCCACAGAACAAGUUUAGACAGAUCUGCCAAUCCAUCAUUGCUCAUAAGCUGUUUGAUUACGUGGUGUUGGCCUUCAUCUUUUCCAAUUGCAUCACAGUGGCUCUCGAGAGACCCAAGAUCCACCAGGGCAGCUUGGAAAGGGUGUUUCUCACCAUCUCCAACUACAUCUUCACUGCCAUAUUUGUGGGCGAGAUGACACUCAAGGUGGUUUCCAUGGGCUUGUACAUGGGGGAGCAGGCAUAUUUGCGGAGCAGCUGGAAUAUUUUGGAUGGCUUCCUGGUUUUUGUGUCUUUAAUUGACAUUGUUGUGUCAAUGGCUGGCGGGGCGAAAAUCCUUGGUGUGCUCAGAGUUCUCCGUCUGCUCAGAACAUUACGUCCUCUCAGGGUGAUCAGCAGAGCUCCAGGUCUGAAGCUUGUGGUGGAGACCCUCAUUACCUCGCUUAAACCCAUCGGAAACAUUGUCCUCAUCUGCUGUGCUUUCUUCAUCAUUUUUGGCAUUCUUGGUGUUCAGCUGUUUAAAGGAAAGUUCUUCUACUGCUUGGGGAUUGAUGUUAAAAACAUCACUAACAAAUCAGAUUGCAUACAAGCCAACUACAAGUGGGUUCACCAUAAGUACAACUUUGACAACUUGGGGCAGGCCCUGAUGUCCUUGUUUGUACUAGCCUCCAAGGACGGCUGGGUCAACAUCAUGUAUCACGGCCUGGAUGCUGUGGGUGUGGACCAACAGCCGGUGACCAACAACAACCCCUGGAUGCUGCUCUAUUUUAUCUCCUUCCUCCUUAUCGUGAGCUUCUUCGUCCUCAACAUGUUUGUUGGCGUAGUAGUGGAGAACUUUCACAAAUGCCGCCAGCACCAGGAGGUGGAGGAGGCCAAAAGGCGUGAGGAGAAACGUCAGCGGCGUAUGGAAAAAAAGAGGAGAAAAGCCCAAAAGCUUCCCUACUAUGCCAGCUACAGCAAUGUGCGCCUGAUGAUCCAUACACUGUGCACAAACCACUACCUGGACCUCAUCAUCACCUUUAUCAUCUGCAUCAACGUCAUCACGAUGUCCCUCGAGCACUACAAUCAACCUCACUCUCUAGAUCUCGCCCUGAAGUAUUGCAAUUAUUUCUUCACUUCCACGUUUGUGCUGGAAUCCAUACUCAAGCUCAUCGCUUUCGGCUUCCGUCGCUUCUUCAAAGACAGGUGGAACCAACUUGAUCUUGCCAUUGUUCUUCUGUCUGUGAUGGGCAUCACACUGGAAGAGAUUGAGAUCAGCGCUGCACUGCCCAUCAAUCCCACUAUUAUCAGGAUCAUGAGAGUACUGAGGAUAGCUCGAGUCCUGAAGCUGCUGAAGAUGGCGACAGGAAUGAGAGCCCUAUUGGAUACAGUGGUCCAAGCCCUGCCUCAGGUGGGUAACCUGGGUCUGCUCUUCAUGCUACUGUUUUUCAUCUACGCCGCCUUAGGAGUAGAGCUUUUCGGAGAACUUGUUUGCAAUCAAGACUACCCAUGUGAGGGCAUGAGUCGUCACGCUACCUUUGAAAACUUUGGCAUGGCCUUCCUGACUUUGUUUCAAGUCUCUACGGGCGACAACUGGAAUGGCAUUAUGAAGGACACAUUGCGGGAAUGCCCACCAGAUCAUGCUACUGAUGUGGACUAUGCCUGCAAUCCUAGCCUUCAGUUUAUCUCGCCCAUGUACUUUGUCUCCUUCGUGCUCACCGCCCAGUUCGUGCUCAUCAAUGUGGUGGUGGCCGUGCUGAUGAAGCACCUGGACGACUCCAACAAGGAGGCCCAAGAGGAGGCGGAGAUGGAUGCAGAAAUUGAGCUGGAGCUGGCCCAGGGCACCCUCUGUUGCAUGGGCGCCCCCGGCUGCGGGGGCGGAGGGAUGGAGAAAGGUGCCGUCGCCCCCGGAUUGGCCCACGGUAGUGACGGCUGCAGGAAGGAGCGAGGAGGACGAGGAGAGAAGGGAGUGAGGGCUCGUACGGCAUCCAAUGUACACACGGCACCCUACAGUGCUUCCGACUCCAACCGGCCAUUGUAUUCACCAGCACAUGAAAGCCAGUGGUUGGACAGCGUAUCUCUCCUGAUCAAGGAUACAUUAGAAGGGGAGAUGCUGAUGAUCGACAAUCUCUCUGGUUCUGUCUUCCACCAUUACUCCUCCCCUCUACCCAUCUGUAAAGACUGCAGGGGCCACCCACAAGAGGUCACUCCCUUACACCAGAUCCGGAUGGCGGAGAUCGAGCAGAUUUCACUGAAGUCAGAGCUACUCUCAGACAAGUCUUCUUCACCCGCCCUCCCAGAUGACCUCAGCCUCGACGAGCACACGGCCUACCAGCUGCUUGUGAAAGAAAGCAAGGUUGGUGGUGGAUACAGUGAGGAAAAGUGCAGCAGUGGAUCCUGUAGUUCUGAAGAGGGGCCGGGGGAAGGGAGUCAGCAGGUCCACCUGACUGUUGUUCAGAGCCAGGUCCAAGGGCUGGGCCACGUAUCUAGGACCUUCUGCAAAGUAGAGAUGGAAACAAGGCUACAGGAUAUAGAAAUGCAAACAAAUUCACCUAGCGUGUGCUCACCAUACUACAGCCCUAGUGCUGUUUCCAACAGUAGCAACACAGAAAGAAACACAGAGAGAAAAGAAGAAGCCUGCAGCGUCUCUCCACUGCUCCCCCUGCCUACUGAGUUCUUCCACUCGACAGGAGCAGCCAUCCCAGCACCUCCCCGCAGCAGGAGCCUGAGGUUGUCAAGAGGCCUUAGGUUGACCUCUCCUGCUUCAUGGGCUGCAUUCCGUUCCCCUGGAGGCCAUAGCAAGAUACUGUGUACACAGUACCCAUCCCACAGUGACUCAUCACUUGCUACUGGCAGCUCGGAAGGCAGCCUCCAAACAACCCUGGAAGAAGGACUGAGUUUCAGUGUCUCUCCACCACAGAACAUGGACUUGCCAGCAGCUCCUUUACCACAUGAGUGCCCACUGCGUGAAGACAACGCUAGCAUUUCUUCCCCACUCCAAACCCUGAGACUGAGGCCGAGCCCCACAUCAGCUCUAACACUCCAGGCCACUAUCGGCCAACAGCGGAGUCAAAGCAGCGGGCGAGGAAGCACAAGCCCGGGCUUCACGCGAGACGACUCUAUUGACCCUUCAGAUGAGGACCUGGGCAUAGUUAUCGGGUCUUCAAUUGGUUGUUGUGGGUCAAGUCAAGCAGGCAACAGUGAACAUUUGUCAGAGACAAUGAGCAGCUUGUCACUGACAUCCCUGCUGUCCCCCAGUUCCUUAGCGUAUCCUGGAGGAGCAGUGAAAAAGUGCAAUAGCACGGGAAGCCUGGACCAAGGGGGUAUGCUGCUUUCAUCCAGAGGAAGAGAGACCCAUAGGGAGAUUCUAGGCUUGGAGUUUGUGGACCCCCAGGGUUUCUUGGCCAACCCCUGGUCAGGGGUAUUAGCCGAGGCAAGAGGAAAUGGAGGUGAAAUAGGAGAUGGAUCACAAGGUUUCAGAGGGAAAAGCUCAAGCCAAACAACAGUAGGGCCUUUUCGCAAAAACAGAUGA